CGGGGAAAGGCAGAUACAACAGAAACGGGGGGAGGACGGUGCAUGAUUUACGCUUUAAAAGUUGCAUUACAACAAAUUUAAGAGUUGCGGCGAAGAGGAAUAAAACAAGAUGAUAACGCCCUACUUCCUAGAGAAUUUCUGGGGUGAAAAAAAUAAUGGCUUUGAUGUGCUCUACCAUAACAUGAAGCAUGGCCAAAUUUCCUCCAAGGAGCUGACAGACUUCAUCAGAGAAAGGAGUACUAUUGAAGAGGCCUAUGCCAGGUCCAUGACCAAACUGGCCAAGUCAGCUGGCAACUUUUCUCAGCUUGGGACUUUCGCGCCAGUGUGGGAUGUGUUCAAGAGCUCCACCGAGAAGCUGGCCAGCUGUCACAUGGAGCUAGUGAGGAAGCUGCAGGAGCUUAUAAAGGAGGUUCAGAAGUAUGUGGAGGAGCAGGCCAAAGCACACAAAAAGACAAAAGAGGAGGUGGCGUCCACCCUGGAGGCCGUACAGAACAUCCAGACCACCUCUCAGGCCCUGCACAAGUCCAAGGAGAUCUACAAUGCCAAAACCGUGGAGCAGGAGCGCCUCCGCAAAGAGGGGGCCACCCAGAGAGAUGUGGACAAGGCGGGAGUGAAAGCCAAAAAGGCCACAGAGGCCUAUAAGUCAUACGUGGAGAAAUAUGCCGCAGCUAAGUCAGAGUUUGAACAGAAGAUGGCAGAAACUGCACAGAAAUUCCAAGACAUCGAAGAGAACCACAUUCUCCACAUGAAGGAGAUCAUUAAGUCAUACUCGCAGUCUGUCGACGAAACGCACGUUCAAAUAGGAGAGGUCCACAACGAGUUUGUAAGGAACAUUGAGAACACCUCGGUGGAGAGCUUAAUACAGAAACUGGCUGAAAGCAAAGGAACAGGCAAGGAGAGACCAGGACCCAUUGAGUUUGAGGAGUGCAAUGCAGCUAUUGCGACUGAAGGUGCCAAACCCAGAAGGAGAAAACCAUUUGGCAUCCCAGGUCGUAGGAAAGACAAGGACACAGACUCCACGGAGUCCACAGAAGUCGAAGCUGCUAACACUGCCAAUGGUGCUCCCCCUGGAUACUAUGGGGCCAUCGACAUCCAGAACGCUAAUGUCCCCCAAGUUGAUGCAGAGGGCUUCUGUAUCAGACCAGAAGUAAAUGAAAACGAUGCCAAAGAGAAUUCCUUCUAUUCGUCCAGCGACUCCGAGGACGAAGAUGAGCCCAGGAAGUUCCACGUAGAAAUCAAGCCCGUUCAGCCAAACAACGGCACGCAUCAGAGCCGAGCCACCAUCGACGAGCUUAAAGCCUCCAUUGGAAACAUCAUCCUGUCGCCCUCGACCUCGGGACAGAUGAGGAGGAACCAGUCCAGUGAUGAGCUGGCAAAAACCAGAGUGCCAACAUCAUACGAACUGUCCAACAACGACCUUCUGUCUCUGGACCCGUUCGGCCCGACAGCAGGUUCCUCUUUCUCUGUGUCAUCAACAACAGACCUUGCCUCUAUCUUCCUUUCAAUCCCUCCAUCUCCAUCUUUUCUGAUGAAUGACUCAGACGUCUUUCUGCCAGAGGCAUCAGCUGAGACGGUGACACAACGGGAGUGUUCGCCUCCCCUGGCAGAGAGCCAACAGUCCAAAGAUGUCUCCUCUUUCUCUUCAUCUGCAUCCUCCCCCUGGGACUCACCAGAAGACCCUUUCCAAGCACUCAAGCCCGUACCGGCGAGGGCCCAGAGCGCCCCCAUCACCCUGCCGACUGAGCCGGUCGACCCCAUCAAAAGCCCGGCUGCCGCCAGCCCUCCAAAGAGCGUCGACGCCUUCUCCUCCCUGUCCUGGUCCCAGAGCCAGUGGAUCGCCUUCAGUGAUAAUUUCGCUCCACCUCGCCGUCAGGGCUCAGGGCCGUCUGCCAAGGAGCUCCAGAGGCCUCCGUCCGGCGCCGGCAGGUCAAGCCGCUUCCUCUCUGAUGACUCUGCUGACGGCAACUGCAAAGCGGCGGGCGGCAGAGAGGACGGCAACCCCGGUUUCUCUGAUGUCUUCUCUGGGAUUACAGAUAGGGCGAUGGCAGCAGCUCCAUCAAGCAAAACAUUUAAUGUGCCAGUACCAAACCGACCCACAACCCCACUGACAGCUGGAGCCCUGGUGCCCCCACCGCGACCCUCCUCCAGGCCCAAACUCCCCACUGGAAAACUCACAGGAAUCAAUGAAAUUGUACGGCCGUUCAGCCCACCCAAGAUAUCUAACGCCAGCCCUCCUCCUACUGCACCACUCGCCCGGGCGGAGAGCUCCUCCUCCUUGUCCUCGAAUGCCUCACUCAGUGCUGGCAACACCCCCACUGUUGGGACGUCUCGAGGUCCCAGCCCUGUGACCCUGGCAUCCCAAGAUGCCUUGCCCAUUGCCGUGGCCUUCACAGAGUCGGUUAAUGCUUACUUCAAAGGAGCUGAUCCCACUAAGUGCAUUGUGAAGAUCACAGGAGAGAUGACCUUGUCGUUCCCCAUGGGCAUCAUCAAGGUGUUCACCACCAACCCCUCCCCGGCCGUGCUCACCUUCAAACUGAAGAACACCAGCAGGUUGGAGCAGAUCCUGCCCAACCAGCAGCUACUGUACAGUGAUCCUUCUCAAAGUGACUCUAAUUCCAAGGACUUCUGGUUCAACAUGCAAGCACUGACGUCCUACCUCAGAAAAGCCUCCGAUCAGAAUCCUUCAGCUUCCUACUACAAUGUGGACAUCCUAAAAUACCAGGUGAUGUCUGAUGGGAUCCAUUCCACUCCUCUCAACCUGACCGUAUACUGGAAGUGUACGCCGAGCACAUCAGACCUGCGGGUAGACUACCGAUACAACCCGGAGUCCAUGGCGAUCCCUGGUCCACUCACCAACGUGCAGAUCUUAGUGCCUGUUGACGGAGGAGUUACCAGCAUGCAGUCUCUGCCCAACUCCAUCUGGAAUUCGGAACAGAAUAAAUGUCUGUGGAAGCUGAGUGACAUCUCAGAAAAGUCUGAAAAUGAAGGCGCCGGGUCCCUGAGGGCCAAGUUUGAGCUGUCAAACGGACCCUCGAACCCGUCGACACUGGCAGUGCAGUUUAUGAAUGAGGGGAGCACCCUGUCAGGAGUGGACAUGGACCUGCAGGGGACUGGAUACAGACUUUCUCUCAGCAAGAAGAGAUUUGCCACAGGACGUUAUAUGGCAGAUUGCUGAGGUGACCCACCACUCUGGUUCUCAACACAAAAAGGAUCUGGCUUGACGCAACAUUGCGAGGCUUCCUGAACCUCUGGAUCCAUCUGAGCACAGUCAGGCUUUUGCCCAGGAGGCGAGAAUCUCACUACAAUAAAACAGCACUGAGUAUCGAACACUGUUUAAAAAAAAAAGAAAAAAGAUGAGCUUUCAGGAAAUGUGUAGAUAUGAAGUUUAAUAAUGCUUUCUGAUCAGUUCACUUUUGUAUAGUCAGAAACAAUUUAUGGAUUAGAUAUAAAUCUAUAUUGUAUUUGAAAUCAUAAAAAAGAAAAAAGUGCACUAACAAUCUUUCAGAUGCUCUUUUUCCUUAUAUUCAUUUUUCAAGAGCCUCUGAGGAAUACAAAAAAAAAAACGUUUCUGAGCGCAAGAGAAGAAAAAGUUUCUCCUCCGAACUGUAAAUAUUAACACUGAAUCUUCUGCUCCGA